CCCUCCCUUCCUUUCUUCCUCUUUCUUCCUUCCUUUCUCUUCUUAUUCCUGCAGCCUCUCAGUCCAGGCAGGGAGGAACUUGGUGCUCCUGCAAAGUCUGGGAUCUGAGCGCCGCUGGAGGGCCAUGCAGAUCUGCGGUCCCCCGCUGUUAUACACCUCUAGAAUCAUUACUUUUUAAGUCCUGCAAAACUGAAGCAGAAAGAAAGAGAACCCCAACUCUGGAGCUCUGAGCCCCUGUUUUCAAUGUGGCAUACAGCAGCAGACCUGCUGAGUCAUGCACGCGGCUCCUCCUAGCAUGACUGUCAUCUGACUGGAGACCCACGAAGCCUUCACGCCCGUGCCUGGUGCCGGGGCCGCCAUGGCCGCUGCCUCCACUUCCACCCCUGUGAUUUCGGAGCCCCAGUUCACAGCCAUGAACGAACCACAGUGCUACUACAAUGAGUCCAUCGCCUUCUUUUAUAACCGGAGCGGCAAGUACCUGGCCACCGAGUGGAACACGGUCAGCAAGCUGGUCAUGGGGCUGGGCAUCACAGUCUGCAUCUUCAUCAUGCUGGCCAACCUGCUGGUGAUGGUGGCCAUCUACGUCAACCGCCGCUUCCACUUCCCUAUUUAUUACCUGAUGGCCAACCUGGCCGCCGCAGACUUCUUCGCCGGCUUGGCCUACUUCUACCUGAUGUUCAACACGGGGCCCAACACGCGGAGGCUCACUGUCAGCACCUGGCUCCUUCGCCAGGGCCUCAUCGACACCAGCCUGACGGCGUCCGUGGCCAAUCUCUUGGCCAUCGCCAUCGAGAGGCACAUCACAGUUUUCCGCAUGCAGCUUCACACACGGAUGACCAACCGGCGGGUGGUGGUGGUGAUCGCGGUCAUCUGGACGGUGGCCAUCGUCAUGGGCGCUAUCCCCAGCGUGGGCUGGAACUGCAUCUGCGACGUCGGAAACUGCUCCAACAUGGCUCCCCUGUACAGUGACUCUUACUUAGUGUUCUGGGCCAUCUUCAACCUGGUGACCUUCGUGGUGAUGGUAGUCCUCUAUGCUCACAUCUUUGGCUACGUCCGCCAGAGGACAAUGAGGAUGUCUCGGCACAGUUCUGGGCCCCGAAGGAACCGGGACACCAUGAUGAGCCUUCUGAAGACGGUGGUGAUCGUACUUGGAGCCUUCAUCAUCUGCUGGACUCCCGGGCUGGUCCUGCUGCUGCUCGACGCGUGCUGUCCACAGUGUGACGUUCUGGCCUACGAGAAGUUCUUCCUUCUGCUAGCUGAGUUCAACUCUGCCAUGAACCCCAUCAUCUACUCCUACCGAGACAAGGAGAUGAGCGCCACCUUCAGACAGAUCCUCUGCUGUCAGCGCAGCGAGAGCACCAGCGGCCCCACGGAAGGCUCUGACCGCUCGGCUUCCUCCCUCAACCACACCAUCUUGGCGGGCGUCCACAGCAACGAGCACUCCGUGGUCUAGAGGAGAACAGGGAAUGUCACGGGAGAAGCCAGCCGCCACCGAUGGACGUGUGAAUAGUCCCUCCGGACCCCAACACCCGCAGGCCAGGGCAGGGUGGGGGUGACCGGCAGAGAGAGAGGCAGGAUGAACUCACAUACUUAAACACUAACCAACGGCAAUAUUGUUCUCACAGCUCCAUGAGACUUGAUAGAUACUGGAAAUUUGCUUAUGUGACAAACCCUGAAGCUUUUAUGGCAGGCAGACUGUGGCAGUCUCACAAUGGAAUUCCUGACUAGACCCUGGCAUGCCACUCAGACUGCAUCAACUAGACUUCCAGAAACACUGCCCAGCUUGGUGCAAGUCAGACUAAGUUGUGAAUAAAUGAAUUCAUAACUUCAUUUACAUCAGGAUUCCCCUUUGAUUUUUAUUGGAGACACUGCAUUUAACAAGCGUGUUUGUACCUAUCAGCGUGUUUGUCAAGGAUAAGGUUAUAGACUGUUUUUAAGGGAGCAUAACUCCAUUUUUCCUUGUGUUGGGAAACUGCACAUUAGAAUUUUAUCAAAAGCGUGCAUGUAAUGUGUGUUUGCAUAAUACCUUAUGCAAAACCAGAAAAGGGUCUCAAUUUUGAUUCUUCUGAGAUCUAGAAGGCUCUAGCUGUGAAAGCUCGUAUUUGUUUAGGCUGUAAAGCAGACUGCUAGCUUGAGUUAUAUUAUCUUCCUAUUACAGGGUUGUAACUGUAUAAACUGAACAGGAAUGUAAGCUCAGAACCAAACAAAUGUGUACUCCAGAAAGUCCUAGGUGGUCAAGUGGAGCAGCAUUAUGCCAAAUGCUUAUCACACCCAAGUCUGUUCUGAUUGCCAGUACCCCUGAGGAAUUUCACAUAGCCUGUGUUUUCCUGUGUUAUGAAAUAGUGCAUAGUCAUUCUAUAAAACUUGAAAAGUGCAGAUAGGUACAAAAGAGGAAACAGAUUGCUAGUUUCACAUUCUAGAAGUGACAACACAUUGACAGCCAGGCUUUCUUCCCACUGAAGAAUUGUCACAUUUCCCCAAGGCAUAGCAUGUUUUACAAAGGCAUACUUUUACUGAAUAUAUAAUAUUCCAUUUAAUGACACAGCUCUGUUUAUUUACCCAUUUCCCCACAUGUCAGCUACUUAGGCUGUUCCUCAUUUUUUUUUUUUUUAUAAAUAAUGUUGCAAAAGUUGUGUGUACAUAAAACUUGCCUAUAUAAUUAAUUAUUUACUUUGGAUGUAUUCCCAUGAAGGAGUUUUUAAAUGUGAAAUGUCUUUUUAUUUUAUUCUCUUGCCUUUUAUAAAAAAAGGGAUUUCCUGCCUUUGUUUUGCAUGAGUGGCAAUUUGUAAGGAAAGCCAGUAAAAUCACUUUUUUUUUCUACAAAGGAAAUGCAGUAAUUACUUUAAUUGAAAGAGACUUUUUUUUUUUAAAUGUAAUGAGAUGAACUAGAAACCAUCAACUAUAACCAACAACUAGGAGACCAUACUUGGUAUGCCCAGAAAUUCCAAAUUUUCAUAUGGGGACAGGAUGCAGCUCUGGGGGGGUGGGAGGUCACAGCUGCAGUGCAGAACCACAGGAAAGCCAAAGGAUCGAGCCUGGAGGAGAAAGGGUCGCACAUGCAGCAGCUCGCGCCGUUCUUUGUUCUUUGCCGGCUGAGGUGCGCAUGUCGGGGGUGACUGGUGCUGCGGGCCUUGCUGGGAGCCACGCCAGUACAAGGUGCUUACUGAAUCCGUGGUGCCUGUACACCGGCGACUGCUCCCGUCUGCCAGAAUAAGCACGCCAUAAAGCGGCAGCCAUGAGAAAGGGGUGAAGUCAGAGCGCGGGAAAGAGAAAGGCGGCCGGGAGAAGGGCCUCCUAGCCCAGGAGGCAUCGCAGGCUCCGCAUCUCAGCAAAGGGCGGGUUGUCCAGUGUGGGGAGCCAGUCUGCAGAGAGGCAUUCGCACAUACUCGCUGUAAAGUACAGAGCACCUUCAGCAAGAAGACAGAGAAAUGAGCUUGUAUUUUUUUCCCUCAUUUGCUUGAAUUCUGACAGAUAUGGACAACUUGAAGUUAAGAACACAUGAAUCGGACCUGAAUAAAUCAUUCUCAGUCUUGUUUGGUAACCUGUGUUGUGUCCUCAUCAGUGCUGCUUCUCUUGCCCAAGAGUCUUCAGGCUCUGUUGUGUAUCACCUUCCUUUCUGGGACCUUUCUUUCCCCAGUAUCUGCUCAAGUCUGAGGUGACGUCUCAUAUUGCUGCAGAUCGGAACUGUUCUUUCAGUCUUCAGACAGUGACGUAGGACGAUACUUCCACAGCUGAGCUCCUUUAAAACACAUUUAAAAGGCUCUGAUUUUAUGGACUUUGUUUUUAAGAAAAAGCACUCAUUUGGAGUUCAUUAAAUCAAUUAGCCUCUAAGCUUAAGAACUGAAUAACCAGGGAGAUUAACAGUGAUAAGUGCCUUUCAGUUACGUCACUUGUGUUUUUAGCAUAUUGCUAAGAUGAUGGAAACUAGCAGAAUAUUUAUAUGAAUGCCUCAGCAAGUACUGGGAAGAGACAUUUAAAUACAAGUGACUGUGAGGCUGUUAGAAAUCAAACAUCUUAGAGCAGUCGGCAACUUGCGAUCAUACUUCAUGCUUACUUUCGCCAGAUGAGUGAGGCUAUGUGCUAGAUUCAGAGCCUCAAGUGAAUAAUUUAUAGUUUGUUUUAAUGGUUUUCACUUCUCUCUCCCUCCUUCUCUCUCUCUCUUCUCUCUCUCUCUCUCUCUUUUGUUUAUAGUUUUUGCCAGCAGUGCUGUAGGUUACACUGUUCAUUUUUCCUUGUUUAAGUUAUUGCAUUCAUCUCAUAAUGUCUGAAGUGUAAUUUUGUGAUGCUGUUUCCAGCUAUUCCCCUUAGCCCAGAAUUGUACUCUUGCCAGAUAAAAACUUGAAAUGCCUUUUUAAAAGUCAGGUCCCAUUUCAGGAGCAGUGAAGCAGGGCUGCAGGUGUCUCCCUGUCUCUCUCCCUCUCUCCCCCUUCUUAAUUUCUCUCUAUCCUAUCUCAUUAAAAAAAAAAAAGUCAGGUCCCUUCAUUAUACCAAGGUGAACAGAACAUUUUCACGUCAAGAACUUUGGAAAUGAAUUACUUAUUUUUUGGUCAGUGUGUUUUACUUGCUCCCAAGCCCUUAGAUGGACUGAGGUUUUUAUAUUGGGAAGGGUUUAGGUUAAGCAUCACUUAAGAAGAAAUAUGUGUAGCUAGAACCAAGAUGACUCAACUGUCUUCCAAGGAAGAGUCUAUUCAUGCUAAUACACAUAUAAAGUUUCCCUGUUCUCCCCUCUGAUGUGUGAUGCUUAUAUUCACAGAGCGGCCACACUAAUUUGUUCAACAAUGUAACAUGUAAAGAAUAGCUUAAAGCCUAAAGCUGAACUUGAGGAACUGGAGUCCACCGACUAAACUUAUUCUGUGUGACCUAUGACCUAAGGAUGGGUUGUCAGCCUUUUUAAUGAUUAGAGAAGGAAGACUAUUUUGUGGCAUAUAGGAAUCAUAUGAAAACAAGAUUUUAGGAUGGCCAUACUCACUAGCUUAUGCAUUUUGUAUGGAUAUUUUUUUUUUGUUCUAUAGCAACAGUUGCAAUAGAGACUACUUUUUUUUUUUUUCCAGAGCUCUGUUCAGCUCUGGCUUACGGUAGUACACGGGUACUGAACCUGGGACCUGGGAGCCUCAGGCAGGAGAGCCUGCUUGCAUAGUCAUUACGCUACCUCUCGCACCUGAGACUACACUUUAGCUUCUGGAACCUACUCUUUCCCUUUACAGAAUAAGCGUGUUGGUCUCUGACCUCAGAAUCCUAUUUCAGUCACACCACCCUCAUUUGAAUUGAGGUUGUUCCUUGCAAGAGGGAAAAAGAAAAGUCUUGUAAUUGGCCUCUCAAGCGUUAGACGACAAGUUAUAAAUCUCAUUUUAUGCUAAUGGGAUCCCUAACUUAGAGAGAAAUUUGCCAGGUUUGUAGGACUCUUGUUCCUGAGCCAUCUGUAUGUUGCCGACUCAGUGCCUUGUCGAAGUGCUUAGUGUCUCUGAGCAUUGAAAGGCCAGUUUCCCACAAGCCUGGCAUUUCUCUCAUGACCUCCUUCCAGCCGUCAGAGUCAGGAAACUUCCCAGAUGCCUACCUGCCAUUCAAUCCACAGCCCCCUUCAUGUGUGGGUGUCUGCCCCACCAUUUUCUUUACAAAAAAAAAAAGGGUUUAGCUUAGUAUUAGUGGUUGAAAGUGGCUGUCAUACCUCCAGUGUUACAAAAUCAGUAACAGUUCCUCUAGUCCUUCCUGACUUUUACUGUCACAGAGAUCACCAGACUCUGGCUUUUCUGGAGGUUCAAGUAGUGUGGGCGGAGACUUUCUCCAGUGAAAGAAACUAUCUGUCCCUCCCUUGAAUUAACAAUUCAUAGGAAAUAUUUUUUGCUUGUAGAAUUUUAACACUUACUUAGCAUUCAUUGAUAUUGCCAGGAUAAGCUAAUCAUUCUGAUGAUUGCCAAAUGAUGAAUUUUAUUAUUUUUUUCUGUUAAAAAUUUUAGUUAGCUUUCUACUAUGAGAAAAAGCUUUGUCCUUUGUUUAGUCACGGUUAUUUUUCUCCUUUAUUGGGGGAUUAAUGUUUUACAUUCGAUAGUAAAUACAAUAGCUUGUACAUGCGUAACAUUUCCCAGUUUUCCACAUAACAAUACAGCCCCCACCAGGUCCUCUGUCAUCCUUUUUGGACCUGCACUCUGCCCCCUCCCACCUCAGAGUCUUCGACUUUGGUGCAGUACACUGUGAACUCAACAUUUCCUAUUUGUUCAGUUAGUUACAAUGUUACUAUAAUUUAAAUAUUAUUCUUCCCCCUCCUUUCUUUUUUAAUUAGAUAUAACAUAGAGAAAUUGAGAAGGGGAGGGAGGUAGAGAGGGAGCGUGACAAACACCUGGUGAUUUUUUUAAAUUUAAAAUAUACUCUUUGUCUUCAUCUAAAAAUUCAUAAAUAAAAGUAUAUUUUAAAAGGCUUAUUAAUAAGCUACAGUAAUUAAGACACUAAUUAGUGUCUAGGGAAGGACUAGGGAAGUAGGUAUCUGGGAGAUUGUAAAUGCCCUAGAAAGAGUGAAGAUAAGGUCUGCUGGUCUUUAACAAGGACAAGGACAAGGGCAUGGAGCAAAGGUCAGCAGUGAUACACAGGUGGGCACACUCAGCUGGAUGCUGACAUGUCCCCUGCAGGGUUCAGGAUGCGCAAGACGCCCACCUACAGAGGCCAGACAGGCACCACCCGAGCCCCACACCCAGAUCUGGGCCCCAAGUCCCCCAGAGGGCGGGGAAGACGUGCUCCCCCUGGAGCAGUGCUACAGUGUCUCCUUCUCCCUCUCCAUUCUCUCUCUCUCUCUCUCUCUCUCUGUGUGUGUGUGUGUGUGUCACAACAGAAGGAAAAGGGGAAAAGGCUCUGGGAGCCAAGGAGUUGUCUUGCAGUCAGUUACCCAGGUGGCAAAGUAAAAUACCGAAAUAGACCAUCACGAUGAAGAUCUUCUGCAGAGCCACCAUGCCGUCUCCCCAGCCCUGUAACUUUCUCUCUUAAAAAUGACUCCUUAGAGCUCCCAUCUCCUAAAAGAGAACAGAAGCUCCCUCUACUAGUGCUUGCUGAGAGACAUCUUGGGUGGGAAAAGUCUGAGGGUUUAGAUGGAGAAGGUAGGUCGUGAGGACUGGUGUUGGCACACUUGCUUGAGCACACACAUCACAGUGCCCAAGGAUCCGAGUUCAAACCUCCGGGGGGUCCCCACCUGCAGGAGGAAAGCUUCACGAAUGGUGAAGCAGGGCUGUAAGUGUCUCUCUGUCUCCCUCUUUCAAUUUCUGGUUGUCUAUAUCAAAUAAAGAUGAUAAAAAAUCAGAGAGAGAGCAGUGGAGUGCGCAUGAACUCCUGAGCUCACGGCAGAUGGGAGCAGACAGCAGUGCUGAGAGUGAGGCACGCAGACUGGCUGGAGCAGAGCCCGGCGCUCGGCCCUCAGCCCAGACAGGACAAAGCUGGCCGCAGACAAGGCCUUUCCUCCUGACUCCACAAGCCCCUUUUGGUUCCAGAUGCUUCCAGCAACAAGCUUAUCAGUUAAAGCAGAAAAUGAAGUCAGAAGAAAAGUUAUGGAGAGGAAUUUGAAUUGACGUUCUGUUUUCAAGACGCGUUUAUUAAAUCAGAGGGAGAAAGCAGAGGUCUGUUCAGCUCUGCGCACAGCGAUGAGAGGUGCUGGGCCUGGGACCUCUAGGGCCUCAGGCAUGCAAGUCCAGUGCCCUGCUGCUGCACUUCCUCCUGACCCUUGAGGCAAUUUUAAGAGGUUUUUUAAAAAACGUUUUAAGCACAUUUUAAAACGAUUUUUGAAAUUGCUCUGCUUGAGUUCAGGUGGGACAUUUUUGUCCUACCAUUUAGUGGGCACAGGACUCAGUAAUACAGUUGAACUCGAUUGUAAAGCAGUGAAGGACUGGGUGGCAGCACGCGACUAGAACACAGCGUCACGGCUCAAGCCCCAGGCCCCCACCUGCAGGUGGAAGCUUCCAGGCAGUGGAGCAGAGCUGAGGUGUUUCUCUUGGUUCAGUCUCUCUCUCUCAAAGACAAAGAGAAAAUGAGUCAUUGAGCCUCAAAGGUGAUGACCCUGGUGGUAAAAAGAGAGAGAGAGAAGUGAGCAUGUAGCCCUAGUAACUAUAGUAACCACAGUGCACCUGCAUAGUGUGAUAAGACAGACACGUGAGAGCACAGAUAAGACGUCAACCCGAACCUGACUGGCCAAUGGAGAUGUGACCUUGAGACCAGAGGCCAGUUGAGUGGCAGCAGAGGCUCCGAAACCAGCUGGCUGAAGCACCUGCAGCGUUACUGACUGGAUGCUGCCGGUGCUGGUAAAAAUGUAGAGCGUGCGGCCAGUCUGGUAACCGCUUCCCCAGGCCCCAGGGGCCUCACUCAUUCGGUCCGGCAGCACGGCAGCUGGUGAGGACGUCCUGAGCCUCACCUGCGAACAGCCACUAAGUGAGGGGAGCUAUCAGGCUGACUGUGUGACUGUGUGACCUUUCUCUGGCAUCUAAAAAUAAGUAAAAAUUAUUGCUAACCCCGACACGCUCUCCGAGUGAGUCCUUGCUCUAAUUCCUUGCUCACGACAGAGAGAGAGAAAGAAAGUCACAUUUUGGCCUCUUUGAGAUGUAAACUUCAACCACAUGAACCAAAGAUUGGACUGUGGCAUACGUAUUACGUCAUAAUCAUGUUUUACGUAAUUUGGGAAACCUUAAUAAUAAUCAUGAUUCUUCAUUUUUAAAUUGCUGCCUGAUAGUCCACUGUGUGAAUAUACUAUAAUUAAGGUAAUGUCUGCUUGGUGUAUAUUCAAGCAGUUAUCAAAAUUUCCUUGUAAAAAAUUCUGUGAUUAGAAUCUUAAAUAUCUUUGUGCGUUUGUCUAAUUCUAUCAAAUAAAUUUCUAGAAAAGAAA